AUGUUUCGUUUUCUUUGUAGAACAACAAGAAAAGUAAUCGCUGAUAGCGAUUUAGCUCUGAAUCUUACUAGUCAACUGGGUUUUUCUCAAAAUAAGAUUUUCCCUACUAGGUUUCUUUCAUCAUCUUCGCAUUUAGAGAAGAAACCGUUAAAAACUCAGAAAAGUGAACAGGAAGAGUCCUUGAAAGUUUCAUACUUGAUAAAUUCAUGUGGCUUGUCUUUAAAAUCUGCUGUUUCUGCUUCUAAGUUUAUUCAGUUGAAGAACUCUGAAAGAGCAGACUCAGUCCUUAGGUUUCUCAGUGACCAUGGUUUCACCAAAACCCAGAUCUCUAAAGUUGUGAGACGAUACCCACGAGUCAUUUCAAGUGAUCCCGAAAAGACACUUUCGCCCAAGAUUGAGUUUUUCCGUUCUAUAGGGGCUUCAAGGAAUGACCUGGUGGAGAUUAUAGCUAGGUGUCCACAAUUGUUGUCUAGGAGUUUAAAGAAUCAUCUUAUCCCCAAUUACAAUUUCCUCAAGAAUGUUGUCAUUCAUGACGAAAAAAUUGUUAAAGUUUUGAAGCGCAUGGGACGGGGACUUUUACUGGAUUUAAGGAGUAAAAAUUUUGGUCCAAAUAUAGCUCUUUUGAAAGAUAUUGGUGUGCCUCAAUCUCGAAUUUNAAGCAAGGUGAACAGUUACUGGGGCUUGUUUUGA